UCUGUGAGUGGGACCGGUCGCUGCCGGCGUGGGGCGUCUCUCACAUUGGGGACACAGUUGCGGGUCGGCACUGCUGGCAGUGAGAGGUUAGAGAGGACUGAGCACAGUCUGGAGUGUGAUUGACGCCAUGGAUCCGACACCCGUCAGCGAUACUGAGACGGUGGUUCGUGCAGAGCCCGGUGACUUGGACCGCCUGGUGACGCAGCUGGAGAGACACGGAACGCGCAGCGCUGAGCUUCGAUUCGGCCUACUUCUGCUAAGAAACGGUGUGAACAAGUGUCCCUAUGAGGUCUUCUACAGCGGUCAGUCUGAAGAUAUUCUAGUCAUUCUGGUCACGAGACCCAUGGCUGAUUUCCGUGUGGUGUCAGUGGCGGCACCAGACAGUCCGUCCACCCCCAGCCGGCUGUCGAGGAUCCUCAGACACCCUGACCUACGCUCAGCCAUCUGGGGCGGCAGGUUUCGGGCCGACUGUUGGCCCGAGAGUCUGUUGGAGACAUUGCAAGAUGCGGCCCGUGACAUGAGCUAUAGCUUUUAUUUCUUGGCAGACACAAUGUCAUAUGCUCGACCAGCAGGACAUGCUGAAGUACGAUCAGUUCCAAGGCAAGGCGUGUCCAUCCGGCCACUUCUACCAGAGCACGUCGACACAGUGAUGCAUUAUUGGCCGUACACUGCCGAGGUGGAGUACGCACAUAAGAUGAUCGGCGAAGGUCUCGCCGCGGGAUUAUCUGCCGGAGCAUUCAUCACCGAGCCCGUCGAGCCGCCAAAGGACGGUGGAAAUGACGACCAGGAGCCCCUACCUGCCGACGGUCUGGCCUGCUGGGCGCUGGUUAACCACGAUGGGUGCCUUGGUCACCUACACACCCUAACUGGUCAUCGGAAGCGCGGUCUGGCGGCGGCAGUGAUGACUGAGCUGACCCGACUCUGCGAGGCGGCCGGUUACCCAGCGUGCAUGAAUACCAGUCACCCGGCCGUGCUGCGUAUAGCAGAAGAACUGCAGUAUGAAAAACUGUUCACAGUGUUUUGGGCGUUAGCAGCGCCACAGGAGAAAAACGAGAGCGGCUGACAAAAUAUACUCGCUUUAAUGCAGCUGCA